CUAGCAAAACAAAUUUGGUAACUGCAGUCAGAGAGAGAGAGGAUACCACUUGUCGGAUUUCGCUCGCCAAGGACCAAACGGAUGACUUUACUGGACAGUUUUCCCUAUAAAGCGAAGCUGAGCAAUACUGGCAUCGUCGUCAGAAUCAGAAGACGGUGGAACUUCGCCCCCACCGCGUAAAAAGCAGCGAGUCUUGGCCUCUAUCAUGCAAUCGAAUGGCUGUCCCCAACACAAUGGAGAGUCGAGCAUUGCGACGUCGUCUCAACAAAAUGGCUCUUGUCCCUCGUUUGCAAAUGGCGAUUUUCAUACCAAAUCCUCUCCACGAAAGCCCAUGUCACAAACUGACCAAGAUAUUGUGCGGUUGAUCGUCCAGCAUUUGAGAGGACUGGGUCUGAAUCAGACAGCUGAGCAGCUGAUUUCUGAAUCCGGAUGUAUGCUGGAGCACCCCGCUGCAGCCAAACUAAGGUCUCAUGUCAUGGAGGGAGAAUGGGCAAAGGCCGAACAGGACUUGGAGGAGUUGAAAGGUUUAAUAGAAAGUUCACACGGAACCUUGAAAAUGCAGUUUCUGAUCCUGGAGCAGAAGUAUUUAGAACUGCUGGAGAGUGGGAGGGAAAUUGACGCUUUGCAUUGUCUGCGAUAUGAACUGACUCCUCUCAAGUUUAACACAGAGCGAGUACACCAGCUGAGCACGUUCAUGAUGUGCUGUAAUGCUGAAGAUUUACGUGAAACAGCAGAGUGGGAUGGCAAGGGUGUAGAAUCUCGUAGCAAACUGAUAGAGAAACUACAGACCUUCCUGCCCCCCUCUGUGAUGUUGCCGCCCCGCCGACUCGUCACCCUCCUGAAUCAGGCAGUAGAACAACAGAAGGAGAGAUGUCCGUACCACAACACAAAGUCUGACAGCAAUCUGGAGGCCGUGUCUCUUCUCAUAGACCACCUCUGUAGCAGAGAGCAGUUUCCUUCCAUCACUCUACAGACUCUAAAUGACCACUGUGAUGAAGUUUGGUUCUGUCGGUUCUCACCGGACGGUACCAAACUGGCCACUGGCUCAAAAGACGGCUCUCUCAUCAUAUGGGAGAUUGAUUUCUCCACCUAUGAGCUGAGAAGCAAGAAGACUUUUGAGAACCAUGCCUAUGGAGUGUCUUAUAUUGCCUGGAGCCCAGAUGGCACACAUAUUAUUGCCUGUGGUCCAGACGAUUGUUCUGAUCUCUGGUUGUGGAAUGUGGAGACUGGUGAUCUGAGAGUCAAGAUGAGCCAGUCUCCUGAGGAUAGUCUAACUACAGCAUCCUGGCAUAUAGACAGUAAAAAAUUUGUAACGGGGGGAAUUAGGGGCCAAUUUUAUCAGUGUGAUCUUGACGGCAAUGUGUUGGAUUCCUGGGAAGGUGUGCGUGUACAAUGUAUAGCCUGCCAGAAUGACGGGAAAACAGUCCUCGCUGCCGACACCCAUCAUCGCGUCAGGGGAUAUAACUUUGACGAACUUGCAGACUUCAAUGUAAUACAAGAAGAUCAUCCAGUCAUGUCUUUCACAUUAAAUGAUACAGGAAGAUUAAUAUUACUCAAUGUAGCUACUCAGGGAAUUCAUUUAUGGGACUUGCAUGAUAGGUGCUUAGUAAGGAAAUUUCAAGGGGUUACACAGGGAUUUUACACAAUACAUUCAUGUUUUGGAGGACUAAAUCAAGACUUCAUUGCCAGUGGAAGUGAAGAUCACAAAGUUUAUGUAUGGCAUCUAAGAAAAGAGGAGCCAAUUGCCGUCCUGGAGGGCCAUUCUAGGACCGUUAACUGUGUUCACUGGAAUCCCAAGCUACCAGGCAUGUUGGCCAGUGCCUCAGAUGAUGGCACGGUUAGGAUAUGGGGGCCUGCAGAACGAUUAGGCAAUGGAUGCGAGUCAGGCAGGAGUACCCCUGUAUAACAGUGGCUGAUAUGUAAGGAUUCCAAUACUACUCCAGGAUCUCACUGCCAUAAUGUGUUGAUGGAACCUUGGUUGUGGACAAAGAAACCUUGCAAGUCCAGGAUCAAUUACAGGGAAGCAAAGAAUAGAAAAGAAUAGAGAAAUCCAGUUUUAUACAGACUGGGUAACAUAGAAAAGGAACUUUGCCUGUUGGCUUCAAGAGGGCUGACAGUGUGUCAGGAUGUUCUGAUUAACAGACAAGCAAACCUGAAGAAAAUAAUUUCGUUGGUACAUUUCUAAUUUUAGAAGAAAAAAACAAAUGGAAAAUUGUAUUCAUAGGUUAAGUGAAAUUUUAGAUUUUUCUUUUCUAAAAGAUUUUUUUUCAUAAACUGCAAAAAAGUGUCAUUCAUUCUUACGAAUUCUAGAAAAUUAUUAGUCAAGGUAAUUAUAAUUCAACAGUUGGAUAAAACUGUAAUAUUUAUAGGAUUUUUUUUUUUUGUUUAAUAUAACCAAAAGAAAGAUCUGCUUCAUUAUUUCUGAACAACAAAGAUCCUGUAAGGUUCCCAUGGUAACACAUUUUAUUCAUUCCUAGAACAAUGAAGUAAAUAUUUGUCAGUAUUCUUCAAGUCUUGAAAUCGUCACAUUGUGAUGAACAGUGGAUUGAUUUCAGUCAAUACUGAACAUAUUUAUAUAUCAUUUUAACAUUAUUUUUAACUUUUUCUAGUUUCAUUUUUUGGCGUAUAUUUCUCAUCUGCACUCCACAUAAAAAGUUAGAAGACAUUUUGUUCUAGUCAAAAUUAAAAUAUUAAAUUACAAUGAACUGUUUUUCCCACUACUUACACAUUGAUUACAUAGCAAUUCUCUCUUUGUUUUUUGUUUCUCCAGUGUUAAUCGGAAUGUUUAUGCUAUCACCCAGAAAUCUAUGGACUUCCUUCUUUUUUGUAGUGUUUUUGUUAAUUACAAUCCUUAGAUGCAAAUCUUGUUUUUUUUAGCAGCAUUCAUUAUGCAGGUGAUUCAGAAUAGUUUGUUUUCAUCUCUGUAGACAAAAAAGUUCUAAAACAGAUCUUUAGAAUGGGAAAAAAAGAAAAACAAAUAUUUUAUCAUUUUUCUGAUUGCUUGAUUUGAUAUUAAGUUGCUGCAGUGUUAAACGUCCAUCAUCUUUCACCAUCAUUUUUUACCUAUACAACAUACCGGUAAUUCUAUCCAUUACUUCAUUAGUGUGAUGAUUAGGUAUGCUCAGUUAACAGAUCAGAAUAUUAAAAACAUCUUAACUGCUGUGUCAGUGCCAUACACUUAAAUACACUAAAAGAGUAACUGAAACCAGUAUGUCUUGUCUUGCAAAGUUCUGUGUAUAGAAGAAUUCUUUUUACCAUUUUUAUGAAAUUUUAUAUUUAGAAUCAUGUGCUAUUGUGUGGAUAUUUGGAGCUAAAACACACAGACUUUUGUGAUUUUUCUUAUGCUGUGUCUUUCAUGUUAAAAAAGUUUGACUAUGGAUCAUUGGAAGAUUAGAUUAUAUUUGCCAUUGACUACUCUUGAUUAAGAGGUUUAUUUGCAGGAGGUAAGAUUUUUAAAUGCAACAGUUUAAGAUUUAUUUCUACUUUCAUGGAAGGGAAAAAAAAAAACAGUUGAGUGUCUCUUUACAAAACUGCAUUGGAAUAUGUCUUGAACUAUGGAAGAAAGUGCAUUAAUACUCUAAAAGCAUGAAAUAUUUUGAGCUAUCUGUUUUGAAACUAGUCUAUUUUUGGGUGUGGGUGGGAGUGGUUGGGGCAAGCUAGUAAGAGGUACAUCUCUAAAGGUUUGUCACCCUGUACAGGCGAA